UUAACUUUUGCUGAUAACAGCGAAAUCACAUUUAAUUCCAAGUUGUUUAAUCAAAACCCAAAAGCCGGUCUUAUUACUGAUUCUGAAAAGAAGGCAAGCGAAAUGUUGAAUAAAUACAACGAAGAAAUCAAUGAAAGAAUAAUCAGAAACACUGACCAAAUAUUGUUUGGAGGUAUUGAUGUGAUUACAAAUGAUUUGUUUGUUACACAAAAGAAAAGUGGAGAGUUAUACAAAUAUUCUUUAAAUGGUGUGAUAUCAUGUGGACAUCGUCCGUAUAAGUCUCAGUUUUAUAAUAUAUUAACAGUAAAUUCGUUUACAUCAAAAAAACUAUCGGAUUUCAUCGAUUUAGCAACGAAAUGUGCAGAACUAUUUGAUACAAACAACGACCCCAUUGUAAUAUUUUUUCCAAUGAAUGCAGGUGGUUUUAUUGGUGCAGAAGAUUUCCUUUAUAAAAUGAUUUCCCCAGCAACAAACUAUGAUAAAAGAAGUGUUGUUCGAAUUCACAAUUCAUCCGAGCAAAUAUUAAGAAAUGGAUAUGGUUAUCAGUUGAUAGAUCCAAUCACAAGAAAACCAAGAUUUCAAAAAUCCCCAUACGUUUAUGGUGGUGAAAUGGGUGAUUGGUAUGAUAAACCACAAAGUGAAAGAUAUGGCACUGUUAGUUUCACUCAUACACUCUCUUCAUAUUUGGUUAUUAAUAACGUAAAAUAUUACACACCGAAGAUCGUAAGAAAAUGGAAUCAAAUUGUUGUUUUUUCAGACCACUUUUGUUACUCUGCUUGCUCACUUUUUACUAAUCAUUUAAUUGACAAGAAGGCAGCAAUUGUCGCGACGUAUGCGGGUCUUCCAACAUCAAAAUUGAGAACAGUGGGCGAAAGUCCAACUGGUAUAAUUCAAGAUAAAUACAUUCACAACAAUAAAGAAAAAGUGUUGAGUGAUCAAGGACUUACUUUACAAUUGUCUUUCUUGCCAACAUUACCUUUAAAUGAUAAUGAUAUGGUACCAAAUGAAUAUAAAAUUUAUGAACCAUAUGAUUACAUUGAAAUAGAUGACUUUUAUGAAGACGCACAAACAGUGGACAAAUUUUUAGAGAAAGCAGUGAUGUUAAUGAAAAAGUAUUCACCAAGUUGUGUUGAUGGCACUCUGACACAAAAUAGUACGUGUAAACAAAAUUCAAUUAGUGAGAUUUGGGGGAUUAAAUGUGUCAAUGGAGAAUAUCCUGUUAAUAAUUGUGUGUUUAUUAAAUGCAAUAAUGGAUAUAUAAGAGAUUCAGCAAACAACAUUUGUUUUAUAAAACAGUGUGAAAACACAGAUAAAGUCAUUGAAAAUUCACAAUGCCCCAAAACUUCUACAGGAGAAAGUUGGGGUAUAAAAUGUGUGAACAACAAAUUGGACAUAUCAAAUUGCAUUUUUAUAACUUGUAAAAUUGGUUACACUCUUAAUUCAAAAACGGGUGUUUGUGAAAAAAAUGAAAAACCCAAACCAGAAUGCAAAAAUGGAGAAACAAAAGUGGACAUAAAAUGUGAUAAAACAAGUGAGAAGGAAAUUUGGGCAGCAACAUGUGUUAAUGGAAAAUUUGACAAUACAAAGUGCGUGUUUGUGAAAUGUAAACCUGGAUUUAAUAUUAUCGACAAUGGGAAUUGUGCAGAUGUUCCAAAGUGUAAAGAAGGAACAAUAUUAGAAACUGAUGAAUGCAAGAAUACCAAAGAAGGAGAAAUUAUGAUUUCAAAGUGUGUAAAAGGAAUUUUUAAUUUGGAUGAAUGUGAAUUUUUAAAGUGUAAAGAGGGAUAUGUCCAAACUGAAAAAAUACGUUGUGUCAAAGAAAAACAAGAUUCGUCGAACGACUCGCAAAUAUAUUCGUUUAUAUUUGUUUUGGUGAUGAUCUUUUUCCUUUAA